UAUAAAGGAGAUGCAGUGUCGCCCGGUUUAGUAGACUUCUGACAUUCGACCGGUGACGAUCGUAAAAUGUUGACCUUUUUCAUCGUGAGCAUCGUCGCUGCGGCGUCAGCGGGCGUCAUCCAUGAGGGCGGUUGUCCUGAAAUCAAAGCGGUGGAGAAUUUUAAUCUGACUGCUUACCAAGGCGUGUGGUAUGAAAUAUCUAAGCUGCCGACAAAUGCCGAGACAGGUGGCAAGUGCGCUGCUGCGGAGUAUACCCUGGACGGUGACGUCGUCAAACUAAAGAACACGCACGUGGUCGACGGAGUACAGAAGUAUCUAGACGGAACCGCUAAAUUGGCAGCCGACGCGAACAAUAGUGGCAAAGUUGUGGUCACGUUUAAGUUUGGAGACAUUGUUAACGAGAGCCCGUUGUCAGUUAUUGCAACUGACUAUAGCAACUACGCCGUCUCAUACAGCUGCAGAUAUGACGAAAAGAACAAAUCCCACCAAGUUUUUGCCUGGAUCCUGUCAAGAGAGAAGAAGUUAGAAGGAGAUGCAAAGGCCGCAGUCGACGCAGUCCUUAAGGAGCAUUCAAAAGAGAUCGACCAGUCCAAGUUGGUCCAAACCGACUUCUCCGAAGAAGCAUGCAAGUUCUCCAGCUCGAGCCUUGUGACGGAAUCCGGUAGGCCAUGAAGACUGAGCAUCUAAGCCUCAUGGCAUUGUAUCCAACAUUGUUAAUUUUAAGUUUCUUUUUUGUUUAAAGCACAUCAGUAUUCAAUUCCAAAGUUUUCUAGUUUCUUCAAGUUCUUGUAUUCAGUUUUAUUGAGGUAAUAUUUUGUAAUAAUGGUGCAUUUUGAAGUUUGAAUGUGUAUUUGACUAAGCAAAGGAUGAGAUGUUAAAACUAUUUAUUUUGUAAAGACUAUCUUAAUUGUAUUUCUUGGCUUGUAUUAAAAUAUACAUCAAUCUUCAAAAUGACUGGAUUUUAAGAGUAAGAGACUAUUUGACCAAAUUAAGAGUAACGUAAAAGCAUUUACUAACUUCAGUAAGGUUUCGGAUGUAAUUAUGUGAUAUGCACUGAAUAUAUUGUCCAUAGACAUAUUUAUUGGAUAAUUAAAUUAAUUUGAUUACA